CAGUUUUCAGCCAAUGGAGUUGCAGGGCCUAAAGGUGCAGGCUUCAUCUCGGCUGGGCCUUUUGGCAGCAUGAUUGAUGUUCUGGUUUCUCUAGCAGGCAGGAUCUUCAAGCAAAAAAGCUGCCCUGACUGGUGUUCUUCGUUACACACUUCCACUAUUCUCACGUCUUUGGGAGCAACUGAAGCGAGACCGAAAAGCAUUUGUACUUUCCAUCUGAUAAGGCAGUCGGACUGGGGGACCACUGUUUUCUGCAAGGGGUUUGGCAGAUCAUGGAUCACAUAGCGACCCAUCAUAUCCACCAAACCCACGCAGAACCUAUCAGCUUUGGUAUCGAUCAAAUUUUAAACAACCCGGAUCAGGGAAGUUGCAUGAUAUCUAACUCCAGACUUCAAGAUUCCGACUACGGCUUGGGAUGCAUUGUCAGCAGUGCCUACAACACGGUGACCGGCAACUACAACACAAACAACACUGGGGGAUACAAUAACAGUGCGUGUAGCAUGGCAUCGUUAACUGGGUCUUACAAUGUCAACAUGGGCAUGAACAUGAAUGGAAAUAAUUUGAACUCGGCAGGAGUAAUCCGCGUUCCUGCUCACAGACCUUUAAGUAACGCUCACCAGUCCAUUUCAACGGGCAUGCCCACCGUACCCAGUAUGGGCACUAUGAACAGUAUGAACAAUCUUACUGGACUGACAUUUCCUUGGAUGGAAAGUAACAGAAGAUACACGAAGGACAGAUUCACAGUGGCGCUCUCACCCUUCACUGUAACACGCCGUAUAGGUCACCCGUACCAGAAUCGGACGCCUCCAAAGAAGAAAAAGCCCAGGACAUCGUUCACCAGACUGCAGAUAUGUGAACUGGAGAAAAGGUUUCAUCGACAGAAGUAUUUGGCCUCCGCAGAAAGAGCCGCCCUGGCAAAGGCGCUCAAAAUGACAGACGCUCAGGUCAAAACCUGGUUCCAAAAUAGGAGAACAAAAUGGAGGAGACAAACUGCGGAAGAAAGGGAAGCCGAGAGACAGCAGGCCAAUCGUAUCUUAAUGCAACUGCAGCAAGAAGCCUUCCAAAAAACUCUUAAUCAGCCGGUGCAGCCGGACCCCAUCUGCCUUCACAACUCCUCGCUUUACGCGCUCCAGAACCUGCAGCCCUGGACAGACAACACCGAAAGAACGAUUGACGGACUGAGCUCCAGUGACAUCACUUCUGGUUUCUGGUCUAUCUAACCCACCUCUUCCUGUUAAUGUCCUACUUAAACCACCAUUUUGGGAGAGUACGAUGACAACUGUCUGAGGAACACCUUUUUCUUUUUUUGUCUGUGAUGGAGUAAUGUUUUCACCAUAAUACUCCACAGCUUCACAAUGAACCUCUGCUGGGACCAACUCCUUCAUGUGAAUAUAAAGGCAUAGAGCAGUCUCAGCAGUAGUAUUAUUGUGCCCCUGCAUCUUGGGACUCCACUCAUAAAAUAUGAGAAAUAUAGCUUAAUGGCACAAAUUCACAAAACAUAAUUUUUAAAUAGAAUAUUAACAGAAUUUACAUAAUAACCAUAAAUAAACAAAUAAUAAAAUCAAAAAUAACAGUUGUGACAAAAGUAUACAAAAGGCAGGGAACAAAUGCUGGCUGACAAAUAAGAUAUUUUGAUCACCAGUUAAGCAACAUGGUCCAAUAUUUUUUUAAAUUUUGAGCUUUACAUUAUACAAAAAUCAGGAGAUUGAAGGUAUCUAAAGGGAACAGACAAACUUGUAGUUAAGUGAAUACUGUAUGUAAGAAAAUAAAAAAUCAGGAAUAAAAUGAAACCCAAACACCAGAAAAAUGUGCUUUCAGACCAUAGUUCCUUUUAUACAUGUAGCGUUUAAUAUUAUUACUCUGGAUUUUCUAGUUUGUAAAUGGUCUAACCUAGGUCCCCCCCAACUUGGUCUGUGCUUGGAUUAAAGCCUUUCUCAUCAAUCUCCCUUAGGCAGUAAAAUUCGGCCCCCACUUUUCCUCCACUCACUCACUCAGCACCGGCACUCCACAAGGUUGCGUGCUAAGUCCAUUUCUGUUUAUCCUCUACACCUAUGACUGCAGUCCAGCCCACCCUAAUAACAUCAUCAUCAAAUUUGCUGAUGACACCAUGAUGGUUUUACUCAUCUUAGAGGGGAAUGAGUCUGCCUAUAGAGAGGAGAGCCUGAAAUUGUCAGCUUGGAGCUCAACAAAUAACCUGACACUGAACACUAUGAAAACAAAGGAAAUCAUCUUUGACUUCAAGAAAAUCAGCGAAGACCUCAAACCCCUCUUCUUCAAUUGUGACUGUGUGGAGAGGGUCACAGUCUUCAAAUUCUUGGGUACCUUCGUCUCUGCUGACCACUCUUGAUCUGGAAAUUCCAAAGCAGCAUUAAAAAGGCACAGCAGUGACUUCACUUCUUAAGACUGCUUAGGAAAAAAUAACCUGGAUCAAAAGCUGCUUAUAAACUUUUACAGGUCCUCCAUAAAGAGCGUGUUGACUUACGAUAUCAUAGGGUGGUACAAAAAAUGCACUGUAGCUGACAGGAGGGGGCUUCAGUAUAUCAUCAAUGCAGCUCAGAAGACUAUUGACUUGUAUACUUCCUAAUGCUUCGGCAGGGCAAAAAAUAUUUAGAAGGACCCCUCACAUCUUGGUUUUCACUUCUUUGACCUGUUGCCCUCUGGUAGGCGAUACAGGUCAGUCAAAUCAAGGAGCCGUAACUACAUUGAAUCUCAGCAUGCACUGAUCAUCUCUCUCUGUGUCUCUGUCCCCCUCUCUUCCCUCCAAGCUCCCUUUUUGGAUGUGCACUGAUCCCCUAUAAAUAAUUACAGUCCAGCGCAGUAUUUGCUCUAUUUGUCCUAUGUGCGAUAUCUACGUUAUUAUUAUUCUUUGUGUAAUAUUUCAUAUCAUUGGUAAUUCAUUGUGCAAUAAUCACAGCCUAUUGCAAUAUUGUUCUAUUUGUCCUAUGUGCAAUAUCUUACAUUAUUAGUAAUCUUUGUGUAAUAUUUCACAUCAUUGGUAAUUCAAUUGUUGUACUUGCAUGAUCAGUAAUAUUCUAAUUUCAUAA